AAAAUUUAUCGGGGAUCAGGCCGACUCGUUCCUGCUAGAUCAUGGAAACCUGUUUAUUGAACUAUAGACUGAGGAUCUUGGCCUUACACCCGAACUUGUAUUGGACUUAUAAAGAUAUAAAGUAGACAAAAAAAAUGUAUUCAGCACGAAUUACCUAUUGCAGACUUUUUUCUGGGUCCGUAAAAAUAAUAAAUGCCAGGACUUUUACCGCGUACCCGGAAAUUCUUGAGCCAGAACUAGCGGAAAUAAGAAAUGCCGGGACGUGGAAAAAUGAAAGAAUAAUCGUGUCAUCACAGAACAGAAAUAUUAAACUAAAUACUGGGCACAAAGUUCUCAACUUCUGUGCAAAUAAUUAUUUAGGAUUAUCGGACAAUCCAGAGCUGAUUACUGCGGCGAAAGAAGCGCUGGAUAAAUACGGAGCAGGAUUAAGUUCCGUGAGAUUUAUCUGCGGAACCCAAGACAUACAUCGGGAAUUGGAGUCAAAAAUUGCAGAGUUCCAUGGGCGAGAAGAUGCGAUCGUUUACGCCUCGUGCUUUGACGCGAACGCGGGUCUCUUUGAAAUUCUGUUGAAGCCCGAGGACGCGGUGAUAAGCGACGAACUGAACCACGCUUCGAUUAUCGACGGGAUCCGUCUCUGCAAGGCCCAGAAGUUCCGGUACAAGCACCGGGAUCUCGCAGACUUGGAAGCCAAACUCCAGGAAGCUCAGUCAGCUCGUCUGAGGCUCAUUGCAACUGAUGGUGUCUUUUCGAUGGACGGUAAUUUCGCUCCGCUGCCUGAGAUAAUUAAUCUGGCGAAGAAGUACGACGCGAUUACUUUUGUUGAUGACUGUCAUGCUACCGGAUUCAUUGGCAAAACCGGCAGAGGCACUGAAGAAUAUUUCAAUCAACUGGGAAAAGUUGACAUAAUUAAUUCGACAUUAGGAAAAGCAUUAGGUGGAGCCGCUGGUGGAUAUACGACUGGUUCAAAAAAACUUAUUGACUUGUUAAGACAACGCAGCAGACCUUAUUUAUUUUCAAAUGCUUUGCCGCCGCCAGUUGUUGCCGUUGGGAUUAAAGCAAUUGAGUUAAUUAUGAAUAAUCCAUCGCUGAUGAGUCGCGUUGAGGAAAACACUCAGCGUUUUCGAAAAGCAAUGACCUCAGCGGGAUUUGUAAUAAGCGGCGACAAUCAUCCAAUAGCUCCAGUAAUGCUCGGCGAUGCGAAAUUAGCAUCCACAUUUGCUGAUAAAAUGCUCGGGAGAGGGAUAUAUGUAAUAGGAUUCAGUUACCCGGUGGUGCCGAAAGGCAAAGCACGAAUUCGUGUCCAACUGAGUGCGUUACACACUCGGGAAGAUAUUGAUCGCACGGUAGAGGCUUUCAUUGAAAUAGGCCGGGGGCUUAAUGUCAUAUAA